AUGCGCGAGUCCGCAGAGAUUCAGACACCUCCUCCCCUUCACUACUCGCCCUCCAUCAGCGACCGUGAUCCGUCGUCAACUAGAGAAUCGACUCCCGUCGACACUCCAUUCGGUGUUGGCGUACCCUCUUCGCGCAGGCCCGAGAGGGAGAGAGAUCAUUAUUUCGGCAGAUUCACUGGUGCUGAUAAAUCCGCCUCCUAUAUCGACCACGAACUCCUCGAGCCCGAUUUUGAAGGAGACAGCAACCUUAUACUCUUCCCGCUGUCUCCUCCCGAACAUUCCAAGAUGACCGGCCCGGCGGCUCCUCUCGACAUCUCUGGGCGUCAGACGUCGGUGUCGCCGCCUGGACAGCAAGCGUCGAACCUGACGUCCGCCUUGCAGAAGGCUGGUAAUGGAGAAAGGUUGGGCAGCUUCUCCAAUGCGGCAGGAAACAACUUCAAUUCAUUCAAAGCCAAUGUCGCCCGCAAAGACUCGAUCACCGCCACCAUGGCACAGUGGGGAAAUGGCACUAAGCCCAUCUCCGUCUCCGGAUCAAAUCGCGAUAAGCAGCAGCCUCGUCGCGAGUCGCUGGCAGGCAGCUUGGUUGGAGGGAUGAGCUGGGGUGGUAUUUCAGUUGGCAGCUGGAUUCGAGAUGAUAUUAUCAUGACGGGCACAUCUCCCUUUACCUUUCAGUCGCCCUCUUUCCACUCGUCCUCGUAUCUACCUAAGCUUGAAGCAAACUUCAUGCGCGAUUUUUCCUGCUGUGGUGUGACUCUUCCGUCGCUGCAUGACUUACUGCAACACUACGAAGAGGCCCAUGCCCAGAAAUCCCCCCAGCCGGGAGGCCAGCGCCCAAGUCACAAUGAUCACAGAGCUGCCAUGGCAGCCGCCAUGUCAGCUGCACAGCAGAGUAACCAACAACAGGGCCUGGGGAACCGGGGAAUGCAGUCUGAGCGGUCGUUCGACCAGCAGCGGAAACUGACGCCAAACCACUCUGCUCACAACCACCAGAACCAUCUGGUUUCGGAUGUGGAUACGAUUGACGAUAUGGAACUGGACGACGCAAUGGGUAUGGAUACUGGCUCCUCGCAGAUGUUUUCCUCACAAUCUCAGGACAACAACCAAGGUGGAUUUGGCCAGCAGAACCAGAGAGUGCCGCCUCUCAAUCUCAGUAUGCUCCAAGGUCACCAGGGCCUGCGGGGUUCACAGCCAGGCACGCCGGUCGCCUCUGGCCGCAGCCUUCCUUUACAGAACAACCCAACUGUUUCUUCCGUCAAUACACCUACACUCAUGGCCAACCCUCUUCAGAACCAAUUCAGAAAUACACCCGACUCUUCGGGCCCCGGAACCCCUGCAGAACUAGACGAGAGCAUGGUUGGCGGUUUCGGUGAUUUGUCGAUGCAGAAUAACAACAUGAUGGGGAGUCAGUCUCAAUUUUCUGGGUUCGGUGGCAACAACAAUAACAAUGAUAUGGUGGAUCUUUGCAUCGAUGAGCCGGCGAAGCGGUUAUUCAGCCCUAAUGGCGGCUACAGUAAUAAUUCCCAGCAGAGUGCCCACUUCCGACUCGGACAGGCUCAGUACGGUCCGAACAGCGAUAUCGCCCGGCGCAUUCGCGAGCAGCAGCUGUUGGCAGGCGUCCCAGACACGAUGGCUCUGUUGCCAAAUGAAGAGCCAAAGCCGUUCAGAUGUCCUGUCAUUGGAUGUGAAAAAGCAUACAAGAACCAGAAUGGUCUCAAGUACCACAAAGCGCAUGGUCACAACAAUCAACAAUUACAUGAUAAUGCUGAUGGUACAUUCUCCAUUGUCAACCCUGAGACAUCUACUCCUUACCCAGGCACGUUAGGUAUGGAGAAAGAGAAGCCCUACCGGUGUGAGGUUUGCGGCAAGCGCUACAAGAACCUUAACGGUCUCAAGUAUCACAAAUCUCACUCUCCUCCCUGCAACCCUGACCUCCAACUGGCCGCUGGUCGAAGCUUGAAUGUCGGUGGAGUCAUGCAAGGUCAGAACAUCAACGUGGCUGGAGCUGGUCUCCCCGGUAUCGGUGAGGAGGGACUGAUGUGA